AGGUGAUAUGGAGGUGGUGGAGGAAAAAGUCUCAGUGGAGAGGCAGUGGGGGGAGGCAGAGGUGCUGGCUCUCAUGUCAGUGUGGGACGAGGUGGGAGCUCAGCACGUAGCUGAGAGCAGAACCACAUUUGAGUUGAUCUCAGAGCGCCUGAGAAGGCUCAGCGUUGUGCGCAGCUGGUGGGAGUGUCAGGCCAAGUGCAGGAGCCUGGGACUCCAGAACAGGAAGCCAGACGCAGCAGCAGGCACUUCAGCAAACUACAGCCCAGCAGUGGAUGGAAGGCCGGUGGAGGGCUGGGAGGAGGAGGUGGAAGAUGUGGGUAAUCAAAGAGGAAUCUACCCUUCCUCAGUCACUAUCCCAAUGCAGGAAGGAAUCAAGGGUCGAAUACAUCGAGCUCUUCCUUACACUCCGAGUGUGGCUGAAGAGGGGGGACGCCACUGGACAGACGACGAGGUGCGAGCACUGCUUUGCGUGUGGGCUGAUCGGCGUAUUCGAGAGCGCUUGAAAUGCACGUUACGCAACAAGUCCAUCUUCCAAGAGAUGGCCCGUCAGAUGCAAAGAAACUUUGGAGUGGUACGCAACUGGAAACAAUGCCGAACAAAAUACAAGAACUUGAAAUAUGACUUCAAGACUGCUAAAAGCGCCCAUGCUGCUGGGGGCAGUACCGCAGGAGGCCCGGGGAAGUACAUGAAGUUCUUCGAUGAGGUGGAAGCCAUUCUAAUGGACCGCGGACUGGAUAACGGGACGAUGGAAAUGCAGAAGAGGUUGUAUGAUGGAGAGCUGGCAGCAGGGAGGCUACAAACACCAGCAGGCCACACAGCACAGACGACAUCCUCGGAGAGUGAGGUUGUCAUAGAAAUUGAUGAUGAUGACAACAGUGAUGAUUACGAUAUGGACGGAGACAUGGAAGCAAAAUGGAGAGGAGCAGAUAUCAAUCUAACAGAUCCAUCCAGCUCUGACCAGUUCCACGUGGUCACGGUGUCGGACACAGGUCGAAACUGGAGUGACCAGGAGGUGCGAGCGCUGAUUCAAGUCUGGUCCGAUGAGCGCGUGUGCAGACAGCUGGAGAGCUCGACCAGAAAGAGAGACAUCUUUGUUCAGAUCUCCAACAGGUUAAUGCAGCAAGGCAUCGAACGUGACUGGAAACAGUGCCAUACCAAGUACAAAAACCUCAAGUACCUUUACCGUUCCCUCCAAAGGGGCAAGACUGAUGAAGCUGACCCAAGACGCCUUAUGAGGUUCUACGAUGAGGUGGAUGCCAUUAUGAAUCGCACAACUAAUGGCUCACCACUUGCCACAGGACCUGCAGAUCACUCGGUAAAUUCAGGAGGACUUGUGAUGUUGGAGGGUUGUGAAGAGAGAGAUCAUGUAGAUGUCUAUAUGAGAAAGGCAAACACAGUGACCACAAUGGUGGGGGCGAUGGAGGAGAGAACCUGUAGUUCUGAUUCUGUCUCACCGAUAAGCCUCGAUGUUGCGCCAAGCAACGAAGAACCGAGGCUGUAUACAGUUAAGGAGCAUCGCUUGGAUCAACAGCACAGAUUAAUGGACUCUUCUGAAACUAGGGUAGAAAAAGAGGAUACCUAUUCAGCAAACAGAGGAAUCAAGAGGAAAGCUGUGGAUCAAGACCCCAAACUCCAGACUAAAAUUAAAAAACUGGACACUGGCUCAGUUUUUGCUGAUAACGUGGAGGCCAAGUGUAAAGAGGAACAGGAUCACAUCCCAAUAAUAAAGAUCAAGUCAGUGUGUUCAAUGGCCUCCCCUUAUCCGUCCCCUGAGAGAAAGGUAAUAACCACUAACAAAAUAAUGUCAAAUGUUACACAACCAAGGCGAACUGUGGAAAUAAUUCUUGAACAGGCUGUAGGAAUCAGAGCUGCAACAAUUAAUGGAUCCAAAAAAAAUCUAAAACUCUAUUCGUUUAUUGAUUAAUAAUUUUAGGCUUUCUGUUGUUUACAUUUUAAAGCCCGAAGGAUUAAUCAAGAUAAUA